AAAGGCCAUGUCAGUGCUGAUACGUCCGACAGUAUCAUCGGGUUGCUAGCUGUGUUGGCAGCUUGCUUCUCCAGUGGUUUUGCCGGUGUUUAUUUUGAGAAGAUUCUUAAAACAACAAAUUGGCCAACAGGAACUUCAAGCAAAGGCCAUGUCAGUGCUGAUACGUCCGACAGUAUCAUCGGGCUGCUAGCUGUGUUGGCAGCUUGCUUCUCCAGUGGUUUUGCCGGUGUUUAUUUUGAGAAAAUUCUUAAAACAACAAAUGUAUCACUGUGGAUGCGAAAUCUUCAAUUGGGUAUGCAAAGCACAGAUCUUUUUUUUUCAUUCCACAUAUUUCUCUCUUCAGCAUUUUUCUCCAUUUUCGGGGUUGUGGCGCUACAGGUCAAACUAAAAGAAUUUGAAGCUUACGGUGGAUUAGUUAUCGCUCUGGUUGUGAAGUACGCUGACAAUAUUCUGAAGGGUUUUGCUGUUUCACUUUCGAUCAUACUGUCUUCGUUUAUUUCUUGGUGGUUUAUGGGUGACUUCACACCGUCAUUGUGAGU